GUCAAAUGAAUUGCGCUGCUGCUUUUCCUCGAUGCGUAUAGGGUAAAAUCGACGCUGAUGAGGUUUUAAUGAAAAAACUGAAACUGCUGUUUACUCGCUCGUAGUUAUUGCUGGAAAACAGAUAUAAGCGAAAAUGGCUGGUGAGCAGCAGAAGCAGGGCGCAAACUUCCUAUCUUCAUACGAUUCCUCGGAUGUGAAACUGGUGGAAACCACUGCGCGGCAGCUAUUUGAGGAGCGCGAAUGGAACAAUAAUCACGACCAACACGCGAAAAUGAAUCGCGAAACAGAAGCAACACCGCAGUCAACUACAGCAGCACAACAGGUCGUGCACUACGUGCUGCAGUGCAACACGCAUUACCACGUGACCAUUCCGAGCACUGCGUCCGGUGCGCCUAGUUGUGGCGGCAAGAACGACUACCAGUCGGGCUUCUUUACGCAAUUGGGACAAUCUGAGCAUGCUUUUGUCGGACAUCCAGACGAUGGGUACGCGACGUCGGGCAACACCUGGUAUGAGGAAGUGCCGAUGGACCGUGCCUGGAAUGAUUUACAAACUGCCGUUGCCACUGCGGCAACUGUAUGCGGACCUGAAGUAGAAGCGGCAGAUAGUGGCAAGAAAAAUGAUGCAGAUGGAGUUGGCGAGGGUGGGGAGGGCGCUGUCGGGCGGACCACGCCGCAGGGAGAAAAAUAUCCCCUUGCGCAAGGGCAAGAAUCGAAGGUCGCCACCGCAGAUGACUCGUCUGCCGUUUCGGAACUGUUCAUGCAAGGAUGUUUGAACUACAGUUCACCAGAGGACACUAAUCAGAACCUGCGGGAAGAAAACCAGACGCUCCGCGAAAAGAAUGAGGACCUUAGCAGAAGAAACGAUGAACUACUGGCCCGCGUCGGGCGCUUGGAAGUGGAUCUGGCUGCCUACGUGAAAGGAGCAACAUCAAGCAGUGACUCACCCUGGUAUGAAAUUACCGACAGAUUGCGAGCCCAGGAACAUCACGUGAACACGGCCGAGAGAACACAAGCCGAGCCGUUUCUGAUGCGAACAACGCUGCCAGCGGCAGCGGAGAACUGCUUCCAGGAAGGGAGAAAGGGCGGUGAGCGUGCGAAGGCUUUGGAAGACGGCAAACCCGGACACGGGAAGGGCAAGGCAGUUAACUGGGAUGUCUUUAAUGGCGGUAAAAGAAGCACGAACAAUGUCACAGCAGUAUUAGCGGGCAAAAACAAGAACAGGCAAUGCACUAGCGCAGGGUUGAAGGGAAAAUCUUGGAAUCCAGCUGGCUACGUGAAUUCUAAUUUGGGUGGUGAAACCAGCACCGCUAAGCUGUUGUCUGAAUCGUUACGACUGGAGCAGGAAAAGAACCAGCUUACGGCGCAAUUACUGGCUCUAGAUCCAGUAUCUGAUCGCGUCGACAGCAGAAAUCAGUGGCACGGCCCGCCGCUACCUUCUACUGCUCGCAGAAACAGAAGCACAGGAGAACAAAGCACCGCUGCAAAGGAGCAAACGCGCUUGCUAAUACUGGCGAAGUUUCGCCGCGACCUGAGAGAGAAAGAAGAAGCGCAAAAGCGCGGCCCCUCCGGUUUCAAAACUGUACUGGCCCCGGAGGGGAAAUGCAAAACUGCAACGUCACGUCCUCCGCAGGCGAAAAAGCCUCCGCCUGCCAUCAGGUCAAAGGAGAAGGCCGGACAAAACCACAGGGAGUUCGAAGCCGGCGAAGAGAAGCGUCGCGAGCCGGCCGUUUUACGUGGAAGGUUCUAUCCAGAACGACCAAAAGACAUCGUAACUGAAUUGAAGACCUGGCUCACACAAUUUUCCAAGCAAGCCGAGGAACGGAAAACGAAAAUGCUAAUCGCGACGCAGACCCCAGCACCCUCUGCAACCGGAGGAGCGGAGCCAAGCGGAGCAAGCGGCGACGCGCACAUAGCAGCAUCUGCUUCUACACGAGCGUCCUCUGCUGGGUCUGACGGAGGAGGACGAGCGGGCGACCAGGAAGAAAUAGCAGAAAUAACACCGCUUCGAGGUUUGUAGUAGUUUGGAGCCAGUUGAGAAGUAGGAUGUGCAAAAUCGAACAAGAUACCGGCAUUAGCAAAAGAGCUUUACCGCGCAAAAGCACGAUUUUAUUUUACCGCGCAAAAGCACGAUUUUAUUAAAAAAUCCGCUGUGUUUAUUUUUACCGCUUGACGCAGCCACAUAGAUACAGUUCUUUAUCCGCUGGAAUACGAGAAAAUACAAAGCUUUUGUUGUUCACGACACUCACCAUUGAUGCGCGCCUAGUAC